GAUACCAACGCCGCAUGAAUGUAUCCAAUUAUCUCCUUGGAACAGGUGGAUUAUAGUCCCGGUAGAAAUAACCAAUUUAGUCACGUGACACGUACCUUGACCACACAUCAAAUGGGCCGCGACGGAGACCGGCUAGAUUCGUAACGCGUGGACAGUGGUACAAUACGAGACACCGCGCCUCACCUGUGCUGUGGAGUGAAGUCAACUUCACCCUUUCUUUUCCCAAAUCUUCCAUUUCCAACGACACAAUGCCGAGCUUAAACACUAUCUUCUUGAAUCUUCUACUGCCUGUCAUCUUGGCCGUCAUUUUCUUUCGAUCCUCGGCGUUGACAACCCUCAGGGAUGGCGUGAAGCCCCUGUUCAUUCACAACCGACUGGAGUCCAACGACACGGUAGCAGCGGGCACCGCCGGUCAAGUAGCCCAGGCAAUCGACGCUUUCCUCAGCCCAAACUUCCUGCUCUCCCUGGUGCUGAGUGCGGUCUCGGUGUACGUUGUGGUGUACCUUUACCAGGUCUUCUUCGUGCCGCUCAACUGGUCUCGGGAUGAGGGGGAUGUGGGUUAUAUUUUGGACGAUCGCGGAGGGAUGAGCAAGAUGGACGUCGCAAAUGAGAUGCGGCGUCGUCGACGGAUGGGGGACAUUCCGCCGGUCUUCCCCAAUGGCUGGUUUGCACUGUUCCGGUCAUUUCAGGUGCAGAAAGAACCUCGUUACAUCAGUGCGCUGGGCCAUGAGUUGGUAGUGUACCGCGGCGAGACUGGCCAAGCCUUCAUCGUGGAUGCAUACUGCCCUCAUCUGGGGGCCAACCUGGGGGUCGGAGGUCAAGUCAGGGGGGACUGCAUCGAGUGUCCAUUCCACGGCUGGACGUUCCGAGGCGACGACGGCAAGUGUGUCAAGAUCCCGUACGCUGAGAAAGUUCCUGACUUUGCCAAGAUCCGAUCCUGGCCGUGCCUGGAGAGGAACGGUGAGAUCUUUGUCUGGCACCAUGCUGAGGGGGCGGAGCCAAGCUGGACACCCCCGGAGGUGGAAGAGAUUACCAGCGGCAAGAUGAGAUACCACGGAAUCACCGAGCACGUUAUCAAUGCCCAUGUGGAGGAAGUGCCGGAGAAUGGAGCCGACAUUGCACAUCUUGGUCAUCUACACAAACCUAUCAUGUUCCUGGGUAGAGACCUUCGUGUCAUUUAUAACCUAUUCUGGUCGUUCGCUAAACAUGAAUGGCAAGGCACAUGGGACAUUGACGAGGAGAAUAAACACACAGGCGUCCUGACUCUGAGGCACCAGUGUACCAUCUACGGCAUUCCUUUGCCUCUCAUGAGUAUCACGGCGGAAGCAGUACAGGUUGGUCCGGGCCUCGUACAUCUCGUUAUCCACCAUUGGCUAUUUGGGGACGCCAUUCUGGUCCACACCAUCACCCCCAUUGAACCCCUCAAGCAGAGGCUGACCCAUUGCUGCUGGAGCAGGAGCUUCCCUCGAUUUGCUGCCAAGCUCAUCCUCUUCUCCGAAUGCUUACAGGUGGAGCGUGACAUGAUGGUGUGGAACCACAAGACCUACCUCUCCAAGCCUGUUCUGGUCAAGGAGGACUCCCUGAUUGCAAAACAUCGCCGCUGGUACUCUCAGUUCUACUCCGAGAACAGUCCUCGAUAUACGGAGAAGAGGAUGGAGAUGUCUUGGUGAGGUGAAAGAAAGGGGAAAAAUGGUGAACAAGUUAAUUGCAGAUGAUAACAAAAUCAAAUUCAGAUCAGAUCUUAGCUUUGGAAACCCCAGCUCUGAAGCUUAUGUCAUCAGAAAUUGGCCAAUUUACACCAUUAUCUGAGCGGGUUUCUUUAGAGUGUAUCAUAAAACAGACGUCGUAAUGAGAGUUGAGUGAUUGACACAUUAUGUACUAGUGUAAAAAAAAAAAUUACAUUUCGAAGAAGACUUUCAAUAUUUUGUGUGAUUUUGUUGGUCCUUUUUUUUUUUAAUGGUUAACCAAGUGUUACAGAAAACCUAAACGUAAAAAUGUAUAUUUAGAUACAGAGAAGUUUUAAUAAUUGUUAUAAAUCUAUAAGAUAUAUGCAGUACAAAAAAAAA